AUGAAGGGUCCUUUUUCUUCGAUUGUCGACGGCGUGUCGUCGCUCUUUGGCGGCAGCGGCGGCCGCUCCAGCAACCGCUACUACGAAUACCAACCCGUUACCUCGCCCUCAUCGGCCGCGGACCUUUUCAGUGAUGACGACGGCAGCGAUGGUGACAGCGACGGCAUGGGUGCGCGGCGCCACCGGAGGAGUGGUGGCCGCAGACGCAGGGAGCCCAUGAUGUUCGCGGAGGCGGGCAGCUACCAAAUUGACGGCGGACUACACUCGAAGCGGUUAUACUUUGACAGCGAUUUCAAGGACGGCGUGUUUGACAGCGUCUGGGCACGUGGCCACCGCCGGUUUCUCAAGCUGACGCUGCUGGUGGUCAUGGCCGGCCUCAUGCUGUACCUGAGCACGAUCGUCGCCCACAUCCUCGCUGUGUCCGGCUCACUUCGCCGCGGCCUACCGUCUUGCGAUACGACCGACCACGGCUACCAAUGCUACCCGAAAGUGGCCCAGUACUGGGGCCAGUACUCGCCGUUUUUCUCGGCACCCUCCGACAUAUCCAAUACGGGCGCCGGCAAACCCACGCCGCCGCAGCGUGCCGACUCGUCGCCGUUUGCGAGCCCACAGCAGCAAUCCCACAGGGAAGACCCAUCGUCGGCCGUUUUGCCGCCGGGCUGCCACUUCACGUUUGCCCAGGUCCUCUCGCGCCACGGAGCACGCGACCCGACAUGGAGCAAGACGGCCGCGUACGCUGCGCUCAUUUUGCGCAUCCAGAAGACGACUGACGCUCCCUUCGAGGACGGACCCGACGGAAACUUUGCGUUUCUGAAUAACUUUACCUACAGCUUGGGCGCCGACGAGCUGACGCUUUUUGGCGAACAGCAAAUGGUGAACUCGGGCGUGCACUUUUACCAGAGAUACCAGUCGCUUCUGAAGUCGCUGGCGACAUCGACGUCUCAUGGGAACCCAUUUGUGCGCUCGGCAGACGAGAACCGCGUUGUGCAAUCGGCAAAGAAGUGGAUCAGGGGAUUCCAGAGCGCGAGACACGCCGAAUCGGAUAGCACGCAGAUUGUGCUGCUUCCCGAGGCAGCUGGCUUCAACAACACACUGAGCCACAACGGGCUCUGCAAGCGGUUCUCGUCGCACCGCGGCUCGGCCGCUCAGGGGGCGUUUGCAGCGACGUUCGUACCGGCCAUUACGGCACGGCUGAACCGCGGCCUGCCCCAAGCCAACUUAACGGACAAGGAGACCAUUUACCUCAUGGACUUGUGCCCGUUUGAGACGGUUGCCGACGAGGAGGAAGAGACAGCGGACGAGAAUCGCGAGGUGCCCCCGGAGACGGUGGCUGGCGGCCGCGUUCUCUCGCCGUUUUGCCAUUUGUUCACCGAGACCGAGUGGCACAAUUACGACUACUACCAGACGCUCGGCAAGUGGUACGGCUAUGGCGAUGGCAGCGACUUGGGGCCAACGCAGGGCGUGGGCUUCGUCAACGAAUUGAUUGCACGACUGACGGCGUCGCCCGUCGUCGACCACACGAGCACAAACCGCACCAUGGACGCCGAUCCCGCGACCUUCCCGCUCGACGCCAAGGUGUAUGCCGACUUUAGCCACGACAACGACAUGUCCAACAUCUUUGCCGCCCUGGGACUGUACAACGGCACGUUUCCCGCUGGUGACGGCCCAUCCAACACGACCCGCACGGAGCCAGAAGACAUGCGCGGCUAUGCUUCCAGCUGGGUCGUGCCUUUUGGGGCACGCUUGUACGUCGAGAAGAUGGUAUGCGGCGGUGACAAGGAGUCAUCCAAUGACGAGUUUGUGCGCAUCCUGGUCAACGACCGCGUCAUGCCGCUGCAAAGCUGUGGCGCCGAUCAGCUGGGCCGCUGCCGCUUGAGCCGGUUUAUCGACAGCCUGGCAUUUGCGCGCAACGGCGGCCUCUGGGACGACUGCUUUGCUUGA